AUGGCUACUAAUCAUCAAACAGUAGGUCGUAGUCUUUUGCCAAAUACUGAACGUGAACGUGAUGCUCUUCUAACUAUUCGUCAGUUAGAAAAACGACUUCAUCAAGUCAUACGUGAAGUUGAUGCACCUUUUAUUUCUCGUCAUAAUGAAUUUAGUAAUGUCUAUAAUGAACUUGUUAAUGAUAAAAAUACAUAUGAACAAGCAUUUAAUGCUGAAAAACGUCGAAUUCAACAACAUUUACAACGUGUUAAUCAAAAUAUUCGUUCAUUUUCAAAAGAUGUUCGACAUUUAAAACCUGAUUUAACUAUGGUUAAUAAAAUUCGUAAUACAAUUGAAGAAAUUGAACAAACAAUAUAUACAUCCAAAGAAGCAUCACGAUUAAAAUAUGAAGAAUUAAUUGCUGAAGAACGUUUAUUAUCAAAUGAAGUGCAAGCAUUAAGUGAUAAAAUUGAUUUAUGGUCUACACAACGACCUGGUCAACAACGAAAUGAAUCAGUUCCCCCACCAAGUUCAGCACGUAAAUUUGAUAAUUCAAAUUCAAAUCUUUUACCUGAAAUUAUCGAAUAUGACAGAUUUUUACUUGAACAAGGUGGAAUGACAGGUAAUUGGGAUGAUUAUGAUCAUGGAACAUUUCUACGUAUUCGUAAUAAAUACAAGGGUCAAGAUAAAUUUAUUGAUGAUUGUAUUGGUUUUUUACCAACUAAAACUCGAGAUCAAAUCAAUGAACAUGAACAAUGGUAUCGACAAUUUUUAAGUAUUAGUAAUAAACGUCGUCUAGCAUUAAAACGAUGGCGAGAAGAACGAGAUCAAGCUAAAGAAACUAUUCUCCAUGAAGCUGAACAAGCACAUAAUACUAUUAAAGAAAUUGAUGAAACAAUUCAACGAGCACAAACUAAAGAGCAAGAACGAAUACGAGCUGAAAAAUUAGCAUUAAUAGCUGCUUGGAAACAAGAACGUGAAUUAAAGAAACGAGAAAUUGAUGAAGAACAAGAACGAAUUGAAAAGAAAAAACAGGAAGAUGAAGAAAAACGUUUUACUGAUAAAGAAGAGCAGCGAAAAUUAGUUGAACAAAUUCGUCGUGAACGUGAAGAAUCAGAACGAAUUCAACAUGAACAAGAAGGAAAACAACGACGUCUUCAACAAGAAAUUAGACAACGAAGAGCUACAGCUGCUAUACAUAAAUUUCGUGAAAGAGAUAUGAAUAAUUUAGAAGACAAAUUGAUGCGUGAUAAAUUACAAAAACAAGAAGAACAAGCUCGACAACAACGUCUUGAAGCAGCAAAAUAUCAUGUAUCAAUUGAUUAUGAUCCUCAUAACCUAUAUGAACCAACACAAGCAUGGACAUCCCGUGGUAAAACUCCUCGUGGAGAAUCAAAAGAUACUUCUGCACCUUCAAGUAUUUUACAAGUAACUCAUCGAGCAACACCGAGUUGGCGUCAACAAUAG